GAAGAAGAAGAAGAAGAAGAAGAAGAAUACAAUUCAAAUAUUGCACAUAAUCCUUGAUGGAUCCAUUUUCCAUCAAAUGUCUGACUUUAAUAGACGACUGUCACAGUGCUGGACUUGACUUAUUGUGGAUUAUUACUAACUUUGAUUAGGCUGAGGCCACAGGUGUCCGACAAAAUCAGCCGGUGAAGCUGACAGCUGCAUGUCACUGGGAGAAGCUUGAUGUGGCGGUUGGAUGGAGGCAAUAACAGGCGGCUUUAGUGAGUCACAUACAGUUGGUGAAGCCUGCGGCUGCAGGUGUCUGACGACGUAUGCAAGUUGAGGUGGUGACUGCAUCUGACACUUUGAAACGCAUUUGGGUCUCAGCAGUCAAACGCUGCUGACUAUGAAGCAGCACAAUUAUAUACCAAUGAGUGUCUAAAUGGAGAUAAUAUGAAUAAGUAAAUGAAACAUGUCAUAAAUAUAAUGUAAAAUAUAAUAUAAAGACCAACAACAGAAGGAGGUGCCCAAGCGUUUUACUACAUUGUGCCAAACAUUAAUUAACCUGCAGAUUCCAUGCUUUGCUUCACGUUUCACUGUUUGCAUUUAAACAGGUGAUCAUCUGCCGUGCUGUAGUAGCGCGGCAACUUUUCCCACUUCACCUGGAGUUGCUUCGCGGAAUUUCAAAAAUUCCCAGUCGCCCUGCUACCGUUAUGGAUUUCCAUGGAAGCCAUGGCCGCUCCCGGAGGCGCAGUCACAAGACGUGGACACCGGCGAAGAAAAGCGUCGACGCGCUAACAGGCAGUGAAGUCAUGCAGGUGGAGAGGAAAUGGCACAUAUUGUCGACUAUCUUCUUUCUGCUCAUCACCUCGGGCCGGUGCAUGGACAGCAAGGAGGUCAAGCCAAAAGAGAGAAGGACCCUGUUGGACCUUAUCUUGCAGGUUAUCAGAGACAGCCAGCAGCGGGAAGCACACGGGUCCAAGCGCUGCAACAGUGGUCUCCUCACUUCAGCCCAUGACAUGAAGUUCUCCUCCCGCGAAAAGCCUUUGUAUGUUCCUAGGCUGGAUAAUAGUAGACUCAUAGAAAUGGCUCCUAGAGAUGUAAAUAUGAAAGGAAAAUUCCUUCAGCAUUUCACAGCAGGGCCAGUCAAGUUCUCGUCGGAGUGCAGAACACACUUUCAUAGAGUCUAUCACAACACAAGGGACUGCUCAAGACCAGCAUAUUACAAAAGAUGUGCCAGAUUGCUAACACGAUUAGCAAUGAGUCCACUCUGCAUGCAAUCGUAGACAUUGCAUGUUCCAAAACAAUGGACGAGGGACCAACGCGUUGCAAAGGAAGUGCCUUCUGAUACACAGCAUUCAUACCAACAUUAUUGUGUUUCUAUUGUCUCGGUUUUGCUUCUUGUCAUUACUGAAGAUGCUGAUGGACAUCGAUGGUCAUCUUUAAGAUUUUCUUUAUACUUUUAUGUACUCGUAUGUGACAUACUUGUAAGGAAACGUUAAUUCAAUAUUGACAACACUUAUUUAUUGAAAAGUACUAUCAUACAGAUAAUUUCACAAUCACUCAGAUCUGAUUCUGAUGAUUGGUUAUGUAAUUAUAACCAAAAGAGAGGAAGCACUUCCUGAAUUCUGUUAUGUUGUUCCAUUCACCGUCAGUGUCUUCAUCGUAUUUUAUUUGGCACUUGAGUGACUGCUGACAGUGAGAACAUAUGGAGUGUUUAACAAUAAAGAUUAUUGAAGCACA